AUGGCCGAACAAAUAGAUCCGCUCGCGCGAGCACCGCGGCCGGAAGACCGCGCCUACAGCACAGAAGUCACAUCCCCGGACUUCAUCGAGCCCUUUGAUUUCCCCCGUCGCGCCUCGCUCGGCCGUCCCGUCAUCGCCAUCGACCCAGUCGCCCUCAUCACUACAGAAUGCAUCACCAUAACCUCCGCCAUGCGGAAGAACGCCCGCUGGGCCCAAUCCUCCAUCUCCACUAUCCUUGGAGGCGGUGCAAGCAAGGAGAAGGAAAAGGAUAUUUUACGUUCCUCCUCCCAGCGCGCGAAGCAGGGCGGCCGCUUGAGUAUCCCGGAUCCCACCAGUCGGGCCGCCACACCGAACCGAGGAGGGGAUGGUGCUCCCGACGAUGAGGACACGAGCCUCGCCAGCAGAUGGGGUCUGCGGGGCAAGAAGGGCAAGAGCAUGGCCGACAACCCUCUCCUCUCGGCCUUUGCUCGCCUGCGCAGAGAUCUGGCGGGGUGUCGAGACAUCUCGACUGUCGAUGCGCCCGAGCUGCUGCAUCCUUUCCUGCAGGUCAUCAGGUCAUCUUCGACCAGCGCCGCGAUUACAAGUCUCGCCGUCAUCUCGAUUACCAAAUUCUUCGCCUACAAUAUUAUCACCGUGCAGAGCCCCCGGAUCUCCCUGGCGAUGCACCUGCUCAGCGCCGCCAUCACGCACUGCCGCUUUGAGGCUAGCGACACGUCGGCUGACGAGGUGGUCUUGUUGCGCAUCCUCAGGCUGAUGGAGAGCAUUAUGACGAGGGCCGAAGGUCAGCUGUUAGGGGAUGAGAGUAUCUGUGAGAUGAUGAGCACGGGUCUCAGCAUGUGCUGCCAGGCGAGGCUGAGUGAGGUGCUGCGCCGCAGCGCGGAGAUGGCUAUGGUCACGAUGUGUCAGGUAGUGUUUGGCCGUUUGAAGGAGCUGAAGGUGGAGGAGCCGAUUCCGAAGACCAGGAGCAGAUCCACCACGCUUGCUAGCGUGGCGGCCACAGAAGAUCUAAAGAUUGAUCCGCCCAUGAUUGGCAGCGUCAUGGGGAAUGGCGCGGGUCAAGAGCGGCCCAGUGUGGAAGGUGGUGAGAAUCGCGAGUCGCUGGAGCCACCCGCCUCGACGGAGAGGCCGACCUCUUCCCUGGAACAGCUGCAGCCGGUGCAGUCAGCCGGCAACACGGGCGAGGAGAUCAAGCCUUAUGCCCUGCCGUCCAUCAAGGAGCUUUUUCGAGUGUUGAUAGAUCUGCUGGACCCUCACAACAAGACGCAUUCGGACCCGAUGCGCAUUAUGGCUCUCAGAAUCAUUGACGUCGCGCUUGAGGUGGCGGGGCCAGCUAUUGCUCGCCAGCCGGCGCUUGCAGAGUUGGUUCAGGACCCGUUAUGCAGGCAUCUGUUCCAGCUUGUCCGGUCAGACAAUAUGCUGCUGCUCAACAACUCCUUGAGGGUGGCCGGCACGCUGUUGACGACGUGUCGGCAUCUCUUGAAGUUGCAGCAGGAGCUGUUCCUCUCCUAUCUGGUGUCGUGUCUUCAUGUCCGGGUUGAUAUCCCCCAAGAGGCUGGCAUUGACCCUUCGUUGUACGAGGGAGUGCCACAAUCACCCAAGCUGGUGAAGCCCGCAGCCUCACAGCCAAAUAGUGGGCGUUCGACACCAGUACCAGUCAAGGAGCGUCAGAAGCUUGGUCUAGAAGGGGGUGCUAGACGGCCGGAGGCGAGGGAAGCCAUGGUCGAAAACAUCGGCACGCUGAUACGCAUUCCUACUUUCAUGGUGGAACUCUUCGUCAACUAUGACUGUAAUGUGGACAGACAGGAUCUGUGCGAGGACAUGGUCGGCCUGCUUUCGAGGAAUGCUUUCCCUGAUGCCGCAACUUGGAGCACCACCAGCGUACCGCCGCUGUGCCUGGACUCGCUGUUGAGCUUCAUACAGUUCAUGGCUGAUCGUCUGCACCACAGAACGCCAGAGAACGGAAAGGAACAGCUGGAGAGAUUGCGGGCUCAGCGCGUGCGAAAGAAGAUCAUCAAGAGUGGCGCCGCCAAAUUCAACGACGAUCCAAAGGCAGGCGUGGCUUUCCUCGUGAAGAACGGCAUCAUCAAGAGUCCAGACGAUCCGUUACAGGUUGCUCAAUUCCUUCGUGGGACAUCCCACAUCUCCAAAAAGGUGCUGGGCGACUUCAUUACCAAGAAGAACAAUGAGCCUCUACUUAAAGCCUUCAUCGGGCUUUUCGACUUCAAUGACAAGCGCAUAGACGAGGCCCUUCGGGAUAUGCUGGGUUCUUUCCGCCUUCCUGGCGAGUCGGCUUUGAUCGAGAGGAUCAUCAAUAUCUUCACAGACAGGUACUGCUCCGCGAACGGGACAGAAGAUAUUGCGGACCAGGAUGCCGCCUAUGUCCUGACCUACGCCAUCAUCAUGCUCAACACCGAUCUGUACAAUCCCAACGCUUCCAAGAAUCAGAAACGCAUGACGCCCGAGGACUUUGCAAAGAAUCUCCGUGGCGUUAACAGUGGCAUGGACUUUGCGCCGGAGUAUCUUCAGGAGAUCUAUGAUGGUAUCAAAGAGAACGAGAUCAUCCUGCCAGAUGAACACGAUAACAAGCACGCAUUCGAUUACGCAUGGAAGGAGCUGCUGCAGAAGACCCACGAUGCAGGUGAUCUGGAGCUAUGUCAAACCAACGCCUUUGAUGCGGAGAUGUUCCAUGCGACGUGGAAGCCGAUCAUUGCCACCCUCAAUUACGUCUUCAUGUCGGCAUCGGAUGACGCUGUCUUUUCCCGAGUUGUGGUUGGCUUCGACCAGUGCGCCCAGCUUGCUGCACGGUACGAUGUCACGGAAGCCUUUGACCGCAUUAUCUAUAGUCUGAGUCAGAUCACCGGUCUGGCCGCUGAGAUUCCACCUAGUACCUCGCUCAACACGGAGGUGCAAGUAGGGAAGAGGCGCAUCAUGGUCUCUGAACUCGCCGUGCGGCUGGGCAGGGACUUCCGCGCGCAGCUUUCGACAGUGCUGUUGUUCAGAACCUUGACGGGACAUGAGUUCGCUGUGGGUGAGACCUGGAUUUACAUUGUGCGCAUUCUGCGGAAUCUGUUCGUCAACUCUCUUGUGACACUGCCCAAGAUUGAGAACAGUCGAAUGGCUCGGCUAGAGCCUAUACCCCUUCAGCCGCCCUCACAGAUUAUUGAUCGGGACGGCAAGUUAGGCGACAGUGGGAUCUUCUCGACCUUCACGUCUUACCUAUCCAGCUAUGCAGCAGAUGACCCUCCAGAGCCAUCCGAGGAGGAACUCGAGAACACUCUAAGCUCUGUCGACUGUGUCAAAGCGUGUCAACCAGCGAUGGUGAUCACGCAUAUGUUUAAGCUUCCAGCGGAGCAAACGAAGCUGCUAGUCAACGCCCUUCUGUCGCAUAUCGAAGACUCCUCACCUGUAGUGACAGUCAAGCCGGAGAGACCUAUGCCCGUGACUGCCCGUGUCAAUGGCCAUCGACAGACAUCCGGACCUCGGUACGAUCCAGGCAAUAUCUUCCUGCUCGAGUUUGCCACUAUCCUCUCGAUCCGUGAUGAAGAUACAAUGGCAGCGACAGGUGAACGGUUGGCAGGCACGCUGCACAACCACGUAAGGGAUGCAUCGAAUCUCCAUCCUGUUGCGGCGGCAAGAGUGGUGCGGUACCUACUGGAUAUGCUGCGCCAUGGAUAUACCCACGACUUCAUUCGCGCUCCCGUUGUUCUGCAUAGCCUCAACAGCUUCGACGAUGCCGUUCUCGAGCACACCUCAUCUUCCCUAGUGGCUGGUCUGGCUGCCUGCAUUUCGUCGCCAGCACCUCUCCGUAACGAAAUCACCAACUCCCCUGACUUCUGGUCCAUUCUCCAGCGACUUCACCAGCACAAAACCGAGGCUGAGCCCGUGUUCAACGUGCUUGCCAGCCUUGCCUCAGUUCAGCCCACCGCCAUCACAGCAGACAAUUACGAAGCCACAGUCAACCUCGCGAAUGACUUCGCCACUGCUGGUCGCAUCGGCGCUCCGGUCCCGCCGAAUCGGGAGGCCCAGAGAAGAGGCGCGCGUCAGCCUCCCGCGAAAGCCAAGCCCGAGGACAACGUCGUCGUUCAGCGGGCUCUUCACGCAAUCACACUGAUCUACAACCUCACUGUUCUCACCCCAUCCUUGAUCGCGCAGUCUCACCUCGAACACAAUGAAGCCUGGGCCGCAUACUGGUCCCCUAUCUUCCGCUCCCUAUGCAGCCAGAGCAUCAACCCCUGCCGCGAGGUGCGGCACCGCGCCAUGACGGCACUGCAGCGCGUGCUGCUUUCAGAGGACCUUGCAGGUGCGAACCGAUCUAAGACCGCCAAGGAGGACCACAAAGUGGAUGAGGAACCUGAAGAGCAGCAUCAAGAGUGGACGGCCAUCUUCACCGAAGUGCUCUUCCCCUUGAUCCUCCGACUGCUCAAGCCCGAAGUCUAUCAGCUAGAUCCACAGGGCAUGGGCGACACCCGCGUGCAGGCCGCCACGCUGUUAUGCAAGAUCUUCCUGCGCUACCUGGACCCGCUGGCCGCGCUGCCGCCACUGGUGAUCGAGAAGAGCGACGGUGCGAGCCCCGAGGCCACGCCGCAGAAGACAGGGGCUGCAACCUCGACGGCCACAAGCGGCGGUGCCGACACCGGCGCGGAGGCGACGCUAGCUUCGUCUGAGUCGGCGUCAGCAGCAGCGCCGGCAGGUCCUGCUGAAGGCAAAGCCACGACGACGACAACAACAACAACAACGGAGCAAAAGAACUGGCUCGUGCUGACGUGGGCACGCACGCUGGGCUUGCUGGAUCGCAUGCUCAACAGCGGCGUGGGCGCGCGCGAGCAGGAGGUCAUGCUCGAGGCCGUCACUGAAGGCGUCAAGAAUUGUCUGUUGGUCAUGGCUGGUGGUGGCUAUUUGGUGCCGCCACCAACAUCAGGAGGCGCCGACAAUAAUGGCGGUGGUGAUGCGGGUGGUGAGGGUGUUAGAGAGCAGCUGUGGCGCGAGACGGCGAGGAGGGUUGAGCGCGUCGUGCCGGGGUUGUUGGCGGAAUUGUUCCCGGCCCCACCGCCGCCACCGCCGCAGGAGAAGGAGAAGGAGGGAUUGGCGGUUGGGGUUUCCGAAAAGGGGGCGGUGGCUGAGGGGCAAGCGGAAAUGGAGGUGGAAGGUGAGACGCAUGUAGGAGAUAGGCCUGGCGGGGGCGGAGUCGUCGAGGGCGGGGAGAAAGAGGACACUGCUUCCGCUACUACUGCUGCUGAAUCGACGGGGGAGGAAGGGGUGUAA